UCCAAACAGCGACUCAGAGUCGGCCUCUGCGGCGCCGGACUCGGUGGCCUCGCAGCAGCCAUUGCCAUCGCGCGAGCAGGCUGCGAUGUCACUGUCCUCGAGGCCGCGGCCGAGCUGGGCGAGAUCGGGGCCGGGAUCCAAAUGACGCCCAACGUCUCCCGCCUGCUGAUCAAAUGGGGCGUUUCGGACAUCAUUGGCGACGACCUGGUGCAAUGUCGCUACAUCAACAUGCGGAAUUCAGACGGCAAGAUCAUCCAGAGGACGGAGCUGGUUCCCAAGACAGUGCGCGAGUUCGGCUUUCCGUGGUGGGUCGUCCACCGUCACCAUCUUCACGUCGGUCUCUCCGAGGCGGCAAGACGGCACGGCGUCAAGCUCGUAAUCGACGCCCGAGUGCAGGACAUUAAUUUCGAAACGUCUCCCGUCCGAGUCCGGACGACCAAGGGUGCGGAGUAUACCUUCGACCUCCUGAUUGGCAGCGACGGGUUGAAGUCCGUGGUGCGCAAGGCGCUGUUCCCCGACGUCACGCCGCGAGCGGCAACCCACAACGCCGCCUACAGAGCGAUUGUCCCGUACGAGGAAAUGUGGCAAAAGGUGCCCGAGUCUCGCGAGUUUGGCAACGCCAUCGACGUGUGGUCCGUGGACAAGGGCUAUGUGAUCACCUACCCCAUCUCCGGCGGGCGCGACUGGAACGUCGUGUUGUCGCAUUACUUCGACCGGCCGGUGACGGAUGUGGAGGAGAACGUGGAUAUGGACAAGGUGAAGGAGUACUUCAAGAACGUCGAUCCACGCUUGAAGAAGAUGAUUGAUGUUAUCCCUCAAUCGAAUCGUUGGCCGCUCCUCAUCACCGGUCCGUUGAAGUCGUGGUCCAGCCCACAAAAGAAUGUGGUCUUGAUGGGCGAUGCGGCCCAUUCGAUGCAAAAUCACAUGGCACAAGGAGCCGCAACUUCGAUGGAAGACGGCGCAUUCCUCGGUCGAGCCCUGGCCGAGGUGGUGCGAGGCGUACUGUCCCUGGAAGAAGCGAUUCACGUCUACGAGAAGACGCGCAUGCCCCGGGCCUGGCUGAAACAACAAGCGUCCUUUGCCAUGGGUGCCAUGUACAUGUAUCCUCCGCCUGAGCAGAAUGAGAUCCGAAAUCUGCAGAACACAUCUCGUCACGUGACGGGACCAGAUGUCAACCAACUUUCUUGGAAUCUCUGGGGCGCGCCGGAGACGCUUCAAAGCGUGUUCGCUUACGAUGCUGAGGCAGAUUGUGACCACAGCGUCCUGACGUACCUGGCGGAGAAGACGCCAUGGGAUAGGAAUACCGGGAUGAGUGAGGGGGUGGAGCGGAAGUGGGUGGGGUGGUUCAUGCCGGAGGAGUAUGUUGGUCGCAUCACGCACGCGAAGGGCGCCAAGUUGUGA